AUGGCUCCUCAGAAACCCCGCGUGGAGUUUCAUCCCAAACGGCCCUGGGGUCCUGGGAAGGCGGAGAGGGAAGCGGCGGCGAUCGAGGACGAUGAGGACGAUGAUGGGGAAGAUGGAGAUGAAGAUGGCUUCACUCUGGAGGAGGUGCUGCGACUCGGAGGCACCAAGCAAGAUUAUCUUAUGCUGGCUACUUUGGAUGAGAAUGAGGAACUUGUGGAUGGAGGCAAAAAAGAAAUGAUUGAUGACCUUCAGCAGGGUGAACUAGAAGCAUUUAUCAAAAACUUGGGUGUAUCCAACUAUUCAAAGAAUUUUCUAUUAGAAGACAAAGAGCUUUCAGGAAACAAAGCCAAUGAUAAAGAAACUAAAAGAUGUAAAAUAGAAGAGAAAAAAAAAACUCCAGCAGAAGACAAAAAGGCACCAGCUAAUAAGGACAAAAAGAGUUUGAAAAAGCAAGUACAAGUCAUUGAUGAAGGCAACAAUACUAAACCAGCAGUAAAGAAAGAUAAACAAGACAUCUUUGAGUUUUAUGCUAGACCAACAUUGCUGAUCAAACCUGGGGGGAAAUGGUAUGAUCUAGAGUAUACCAAUGAAUAUUCCUCAGAAACUCAGUCCCAAGUUGCUGUAUCUCAGUACAAAGCUUUGGCUCAGAAGCUGUAUCAACAUGAAAUCGAGUUAUUCAAAAGCAAGACAAGUAAUCAGAAGGGUGGCUCCUCUUCUACAUGGAUGAAAGCUAUAGUGUCAUCUGGUACCCUGGGUGACAGAUUGGCUGCCAUGAUCCUCCUUAUUCAGGAUGAUGCUAUCCAUACACUUCAGUUUGUGGAGACCCUUGUGAAUCUUAUCCAAAAAAAGGGUAGCAAAGGGCAAAGUUUAAUGGCUUUAGAUACUUUCAAAGAACUACUUAUUACAGACCUCUUGCCAGACAAUCGUAAACUACGGACUUUUAAUCAGCAUCCUUUCAACAAACUAGAAAAACUGUCCAGUGGCAAUAGGGACACAAGGGAUAGGCGAUUGAUAUUGUGGUAUUUUGAACAUCAGCUCAAACAUUUAGUGGCUGAAUUUGUGCAAGCUUUAGAAACUUUAGGUCAUGACUCAUUGAUUGCAACCAAAACUCAAGCACUUAGAGUGGCUCAUGAGAUUCUCUCUAAUAAGCCCGAGGAAGAAAAGGCCUUUCUUGUACAACUGGUAAAUAAGCUUGGAGAUCCCCAGAACAGAAUAGCCACCAAAGCUUCCCAUCUGCUAGAGACUUUACUUCAUAAACAUCCUAACAUGAAAGGAGUCGUGUGUAGUGAAAUUGAGAGGCUAAUCUAUAGAACAAAUAUUAGCUCCAAAGCUCAGUACUAUGCCAUUUGUUUCUUAAAUCAAAUAGUACUUUCCCACGAUGAAAGUGUAUUGGCUAACAAACUAAUAACUCUUUAUUUUUGCUUUUUUCGGACUUGUAUCAAGAAAAAUGAUAUUGAGUCUAAAAUGCUUAGUGCCCUUUUAACUGGAGUAAAUAGAGCUUAUCCAUAUGCCGAAAUCAGUGAUGAAAAAGUGAAAGAACAGCUUGAUACACUAUUUAGAGUGUUACAUCUUGUGAAUUUUAAUACCAGUGUUCAAGCCCUCAUGUUGCUUUUCCAAGUAAUGGAUUCUCAUCAGACGAUAUCAAAUCGAUAUUAUGCUGCCUUAUACAAGAAGCUGUUAGAUCCAGGUUUGCUCUUAUGUUCCAAGCAGUCUAUGUUUCUUAAUCUUGUCUACAAGUCUCUGAAAAGUGAUGUAGUUCUACGUCGGGUAAAGGCAUUUGUGAAGAGGUUGCUUCAGGUCACUUGUGGACAGCUGCCACCAUUCAUAUGUGGAGCUCUAUACCUUGUGUCUGAGAUCCUUAAAGUAAAACCAGGACUACGCACUCAACUGCAUCAUCAUCCGGAAUCUGAUGAAGAAGAAAAUUUUUUGGACUUAGAUGAAGAUGACGGUACUGAAAAAUUUACAGAUGCUGAUAAGGAAAUCGAAACAAAUGCAGAUGAAGAAAUAGACAAGGAUAAGAACACAACUGAAUGUCUUGCAGAGGAGAACAAAUCAGGUUCUGCCUCUUGGGUUCAUCUUAAAAAUUUGGAAGGUGGAAAAAAUGUAAAUACCUAUGAUCCAUUAAAUCGAAACCCUUUGUUUUGUGGAGCAGAUAGUACAAGUCUUUGGGAACUCCGAAAGCUUUCUGAACAUUUUCAUCCAUCUGUGGCUCUUUUUGCAAAAACUAUUUUACAGGGGGAUUAUAUUCAAUAUUCGGGAGAUCCAUUACAGGAUUUUACACUAAUGAGAUUUUUGGAUCGAUUUGUAUAUAGGAAUCCAAAGCAGCAUAAGGGGAAAGAGAAUACGGAUAGUGUUGUGAUGCAGCCAAAAAGGAAGCAUUUCAUGAAUGACUUGCGGAAUCUUGCCGUGAACAGUAAGGAAUUCCUUGCAAAAGAAGAAAGCCAAAUACCAGUGGAUGAAAUUUUUUUCCAUAGAUAUUACAAGAAGGUUGACAAAGAAAAACGUAAACGUCAAAUAUCUUCAGAUGAUGAAAGUGUAGAAGAUGUGGAUGAUGAAGAAUUUGAGAAGAUACUUGACACAUUUGAAGAGGAUACUAAGGAUGACCUUAAUUUUGCUGGUAAUGUGAAAAAGAAAACCAAAAAGUCUAAGAAUACCCAAGAGGAUGAGGAAUCAGACUUGGAAGGUAGUGAUGAUGAUAACUUCAAUGAUUUGGAUGAUGAAGAGAUCUCCUUGGGUAGUAUGGACGAAGAAUUUGAAGAAGUUGAUGAAGCUGGAGGUACAUUCAUGGAUGUGCUAGAUGAAGAAAGUGAAAGCAUUCCAGAACUAGAAGAUGAAGUCGGUACCAAGGUUAGCAUUAAAAAAGGCAAAAAGAAAAAAGCAGAUGUUGACUUCGUUGCAUCACUUCAAGGCCCAAAGCGAAAAAAGAAGCGAUCCUUCAAUGAUUCCAGUUUAUUUGUUUCUGCUGAAGAGUUUGGCCAGCUGCUGGAUGAAAAUGUUGGCUCCAAGUUUGAUAACAUUGGUAUGAAUGCCAUGGCCAACAAAGAUAAUGCAAGUAUUAAACAACUUCAGUGGGAGGCUGAACGAGAUGACUGGCUUCAUGAUAGAGAUGUGAAAAGUCUUAUAAGGAAGAAGAAAAACUUCAAACAGAGAAGAGGUCCAAAAAACAUGCACAAAAAGAAAAGGCAAAGGAAAUGAAUGUUUUUUUUUAGAGUCAAUUAUUUAAAACUUUGAAAAUACAACUUGUUCACUCUUAUUCUGUAAUUUGUAAUAAACUACACAUGAGAUCAUUUAAAUAAUUUGUAAAUUCAUGUAAAAGAGGAUUUAAUUAUAGUCAUGCUUAUAGGAAGGCCAUGAUUGUGAAGAUGCUGGUGCUAGGUCUUUGUUCAGAGCUCUGAGAGAUUGGGAUGAAAAGGAUCAUCUUCCUUUCCUAGGUGAGGGAGAAGUAAAAUGGACGUGAUCAGAAUCAAAAUAGGGUCCUGGAUUCAGGAAGGUCUGCAUUGCAGAAAAACCUCUUAGCAUACUAUUUUAAUAUGUCCACGGAUAAUAGGAUAGGACAACAUUUUCAGGCAUCUCAGGGAAAUGCUUUUGAAAUGUGUGUGGAGAGUGAAAGCAGAAGAGCUUGGGAAGGAAAUUAGUAUUCAUGAAGUUAUACACCAUAAAGUACAUAAUGAGUUGAAUGCUUCACAUGAUUUCAACUCCUAUUGCACAGGGAAGCAUUGGUAUGGGAUGUUAGCCCAGUACAUGAAUACCAGGGAUGGACUUUCCCUUCUCAGCCCAUCUAUCUACAGCAUACUUUUUGUAGAGCACAGUGGGAAAAUUCCAAAACUUCUCUUUGGCUGAAAUGUGUUACUUUUUAAUAAAUUCAUCUGAUGAAGAAUGGCUUUGGGUUGUUGAGGUUAGAAUAAUCAUGGAUCGUUAUGGAGUGCUUUAAACUUUGCAAUACACUAUAUAUCCAGUCAUCUCUUUGAUAAAACCCAGGGAAAAACUUAAACAAUGUACAUUUUUAUUUCCUUCUAAGGAAAGAGUUUAACCUUCUAUAAGGCAAGGAACAGAUCAAUUCAUUUCAACAGACAUGUUAUUUUCAGAAAGAGGUCUAAGGGAAAUACAUAGAUAAUCCUUCAAAUGAGGAGUCUGCAUCACAAAUUUAUAACUGUAAAAAUAAUGUUAGGUACUUAAGAAAAUCUGUGAAGCUAUUUCAAGUCUGAGGAAGGAAAGGUCAUUUUUGAUUGUGGGAUGCCACAAGACCACAAAAGAAUUAAUAUUCACCUGGCUUUUUAAAGUACAUUUUAAAAUACAGUUUUAAAAAAUACAGUUUUUAAAAAUUUGAGCACUCUUCCCCCAUGAACUUUUCUAUACACAACACAGAACAUAGAGGAUUGUAUAUGAAAUCAUGAGUAUUUCGUAUCUAUUUUUUUAAAUUUAUAAUAAAUUUCACAUUACUUUCAAAA